AAAGACAAAGAUCAAAAAAAAACUUGAAUCCAAGUAUGAUGAAGUACUUACAUGUAGAGUACAUGAAGGACUCUUAGAAGUCAGUUAUAAAAGGACAGAUAAUGCAGUUAAAAUGGACAGGAGGGACAGGUGUUUGGUUCAGCAGUUAAGAUGUCACUGGGGAUGACCACAUCCCGUGGGUUUGCAUUCACUCCCGCUUCUGCCUCAACAUCCUCUUGCGGCACAACCUGGGAGGCAGCAGGUGACUGCUCACUGACACGCACAGUAGAUCCAACAUUGAAUUUUGAACUCCUGGCUUUAGUCUCACCCAGCACAGGCAGUUUUGGGUAUUGGGGAAUAAAUCUGUGAAUGUGAGACCUCUCCAUCUCUUUCUGCCUUUCAAAUAAAUAUAAAGAAAUAUUUUAAAUGGGCAAAGGCCUGAACAGACAUUGCUGUAAGGAAGAUAUACGAAUGAUGAGCAAACACAUGAUCAACAUGAUUAGUUAUCAGAGAAAUAGAAAUCGAAAUCACAUGAGCUAUGUCUUCAUACCAGUUAGGAUGAUUAGAAGCAAAAAUGAUAAUAAUGAGUGUUGGGAAGAUGUGGGAAAAUUGGAACUCUGGUACAUUGUUGCUGGGAAUGUAAAAUGCUGUGACCACUCUGGAAAAGUCUGGCAGCUCCUCAAACAACUGAACCUGAAGAUACCACUUGGCCCAGCAGUUCUGCUGGUGCAAUGAAAAGAUAUCCAUACAAACGUAUGCACAUGAAUAUUCAUGGAAGCAUUACUGAUAACAGCCAAAAGGUAGAAACAGCCCAGUAUCUACAGAGGGAGUGAUGGAUAAUCAAAAUGUUUUACAUCUACACAACAGAAUGUUAUUCAGCCAUAAAAAGGAAUGGAGUACUGAUACAUGUCACAACUUGAAUGAACCUUGAAAGAGCAUUAUGCUAAGUGCAAGAAGUCAAUCACAAAAGUCCACGUCCUAUUAUUGCAUUCAUAUGGAAGUCCAGAACAGAUAUUUCUCCAGAAACAGAAUGUAGGUUAGUGCUUUCUUGUAGUUCAGGGUAGGACUGGUAAGAGAGCAGGGUUCACAUAGGAUAUGGGGUUUCUUUUGGAUGUGAUGAUGGAUGUAUACCUCUGUAAAUACAUGAAAAGCCACGGAAUUCUGUAUUUUAAAUGGAGAAACUAUAUGUUACUUGAACUGUCUCAAUAAAUAUUUUUCCCCUAAAAGAGUAGAAUGAAUUUUUCUUGCCAUUAUUAAAAAUAGGAAAACGGGCACUGUGGCAUAGCAGGUUAAGCCACCACCUGUAGUGCCGGCAUCCCAUGUGGGCAUCAGUUGGAGUCCCAGCUGCUCUACCUCCAAUCCAGUCCCCUGUUAAUGCACCUAGUAAAGCAGCAGAAUAUGGCCCAAGUACUUGGGCCUCUGUGCCCAUGUGUGGGACCAGAAGCAGCUCCUGGUUCCUGGUUUGUUGUGGACAGGCUCUGGCCAUUGUGGCCAUUUGGGGAGUAAACCAGUGGUUGAAAGACCUCUCUCUGUCUUCCCCCUCCCUAUCUGUAACUCUGUCUUUAAAAUAAAUAAAAUAAAUUUUUAAAAAAGAGGAAAACAAACCCAAAAGCAUGGCAUACCCAAACUUGAGACCUGCUUAUUUUGGAAAUAAUUUUCAACAAUUGGAAAGAUGCAAAAGUUCUGAUUUAUUAGACUUAGCUGUAGAAAGGAAGAGGAAGUAACCAAUUCUUUAAUAAAGCAUUGGUUAAAUUAAUUUUUUAGAACAGCCUGUGAUUGCAAUUUUCCAGUGUACACUAUUUUAUAAAUUCUGUAACAGGUACUAUAAAAAAGACCCACUUGUGAAAGCUAUUCCCAUGCUACUGUGGAAACAUUUUCCUCUUCAGAGUAUGUUCUUGGCAUAAAUGUUAAUUAAAUUAUUUUAUUUAAUCAUCAACAGUUUGACAGCAUUCAAUGGCAGGUAACAUAAGGCAUAGGUUUCUCUUCGUACUCCCGUGCAACACCACAGAACUCUGUGCACACACACUCCACAAGAAAAUAAGACUUUUAUAUUACGGUACUUUGGAAUUUUGUAUCCAAUGAAAGCCAGAAAACAUGACUCAGUAAGAACGCAUGGUGGCGCUGCAGGCUAAGAGGAUGGAAAAACCAGCAAUACCUCCCGGCUCCAGUAUCUAGCCAGUUAAGGCACCGCCUGAAAGCAGAACAGCUUUCUCGGCCGGAGCAGAAGCCAGUGUGAAACCUCGUUAAAACUCGAGUGGCGGAGCUUGGUUCCUGAGUUCUGGACUGCAAGGCAGCGCUGUCAGAAUCCUGAGCAUAUGGGAAACUCCUGAACAGAAUUUUUGAGAAACAGCAAUGGAGACUGGAUGGAUGCGCCAUGGGAGAUCAAGGCAAGCUGUGCUUUUCUUUGUUUUGCUGAGCAUGCUUGGGGCGGGCGCGGAUCUGGGGCCCUACGCAGUGGUGGAAGAAACGGAGAGAGGCUUCUUUGUGGCAAAUCUAGGAAAAGAUCUAGGACUGGGGCCGAAGGAGCUGUCCUCCCGUGGGGCCCGGAUCAUUUCCCAAGGAAACACAGAGCAUUUGCAGCUCCGGGUUCAAACUGGGGAUUUACUCAUUAAUGAGAGACUGGAUCGAGAGGACCUAUGCGGUCCCCUUGAGCCUUGCAUACUGUAUUUCCAAGUGCUGAUGGAAAAACCCUUAGAGAUAAUUCAGGCUGAACUGAGGGUGGCAGACAUAAACGACCAUGCCCCUGUGUUCUCCGAAAGAGAAAUGAUUCUAAAAAUACCAGAAAACAGCCCUCUAGGAAGCGCGUACCCCCUGAAUAAUGCUCUGGAUUUGGACGUAGGAAGCAACAACGUUCAAAACUAUAAAAUCAGCUCCAAUUCCCAUUUUUGCGUUCUAACCCGCGAACGCAGCGAUGGCAGGAAAUACCCUGAGCUGGUGUUGGAUAAAGAGCUGGACCGGGAGGAGGAGCCUGAACUGAGAUUAACUCUGACGGCGCUGGAUGGCGGCUCUCCGCCCCGCUCUGGCUCCGCAGAGGUGCUCAUUGAAGUUGUGGACACGAAUGAUAACGCCCCCGAGUUUGCGCAACCGCUCUACAGGGUGCAGGUUCCGGAGGACAGCCCCGAGGGCUCCUUGGCUGUCACGGUAUUCGCCACUGAUUUAGACAGUGGGGACUAUGGGAAAAUAUCGUACACGCUCGUUCAGCCUUCAGAAGGUAUCAGCGACACUUUGGAGGUAAAUCCUGUGACAGGAGCAGUUCGACUGAGAAAACAAAUAGACUUUGAAAGAGUCCAGUCUUAUGAAGUGGACAUCAAGGCCACGGACGGGGGAGGUCUUUCAGGAAAAUGCACUCUGCUCCUGCAGGUGGUGGACGUGAACGACAAUCCGCCAGAGGUGACGAUGUCUGCACUCAACAGCCCCAUCCCGGAGAACGCGCCCGAGACUGUAGUUGCUGUUUUCAGCGUCUCGGAUCCUGAUUCCGGGGACAACGGGAGGACCAUUUCCUCCAUCCAGGAAGACCUCCCAUUCAUUCUGAAACCGUCAGUUAAGAACUUCUACACCCUGGUAACUGAGAGCCCGCUGGACAGGGAGACCAGGGCCGAGUACAACAUCACCAUCACCGUGUCCGACCUGGGCACGCCCAGGCUGACCACCCGGCACCACGUCGCGGUGCAGGUGUCCGACGUGAACGACAACGCCCCGGCCUUCAGCCAGGCCGCCUACACCCUGCUGGUGCGCGAGAACAACAGCCCCGGGCUGCUCAUCGGCUCCGUGAGCGCCAGCGACAGGGACGCGGGCGCCAACGCGCAGGUGACCUACUCGCUGCUGCCGCCGCCACAGCAGCCCGACGUGGCGGCGCUCGUGUCGGUGCACGCGGACAGCGGGCAGCUGUACGCGCUGCGCGCGCUCGACUACGAGGCCCUGCGCGCCUUCGAGUUCGGCGUGCGCGCCGCCGACCGCGGCUCCCCGGCGCUGAGCAGCGAGGCGCGCGUGCGCGUGCAGCUGCUGGACGCCAACGACCACGCGCCGGCCGUGCUGUACCCGCCGGCCAACGGCUCGGCCGCCUGCCCCGAGCUGGUGCCGCGCGCGGCCGACGCGGGCUACCUGGUGACCAAGGUGGUGGCGGUGGACGGCGACGCGGGCCAGAACGCCUGGCUGUCGUUCGAGCUGCUCAAGGCCACGGAGCCCGGGCUGUUCGGCGUGUGGGCGCACAGCGGCGAGGUGCGCACGGCGCGGCCGCUGAGCGAGCGCGACGCGCCCAGGCAGCGGCUGCUGGUGCUGGUGCGCGACCACGGCGAGCCGCCGCUGUCGGCCAGCGUCACGCUGCACGUGCUGCUGGUGGACGGCUUCUCGCAGCCCUACCUGGCGCUGCCCGAGGCGGCGGCGGCGGCCGAGGCGGCGCGGCCCGACUCGCUCACGGUGCAGCUGGUGGUGGCGCUGGCGGCGGUGUCGUCGCUCUUGGUGCUGAGUGUGCUGGCGCUGGUGGCGGCGCGGCUGUGCGGCGCGGGCGCGGGCGGGGGCGCGGGCGGUGUCGGUGUGGGGGCGGGGUGUGCGGUUGGCGGCGGCGGCGGCGGCGGCGGCGCGGGUGCGGAGGGCCGCUUCCCGGGGCCGCUGCUGGACGUGAGCGGCGGCGGGACGCUGUCGCACAGCUACCAGUACGAGGUGCGCCUGACGGGCGACGCUGGGACCGGGGAGUUCAAGUUCAUGAAGCCCAUUAGCCCCAUCCUUACAACCCAAUACCCCGGGAAAGAAAUAGAGGAAGCUCCCACUUUCCACAAUGCGUUUGGAUUCGAUAUUCAGUGACAAUCACUGAUUUUAUAUUGCCUAUGUGUGCUAUUUUUGGUACUGUGUGUGCUUUAAAUUGCCUUGAUGUUGCGUUUAUAUUUUAUUGGUAUUGUGUUCUCAACUUUGUUUUUCAAUAGGCAUUUGUAGUUGUAAUGAAGUGGUCAGUACCUUGGAGGUCUUAAUUUAUAAUUAUUUUGCCUUCUUUAUUAACAUCCAUCAAAUCAUUCUCGUUAAAUUUCACUCACAAUUAUGCUUAUGGGAAAAUAAAACUGCACUUUAAAAAUA